AUGUCAGACGUCGACAUCCCCACCUUGAUCAUGAUCACAAUCAUCCCCUUAAACUCCGCCACGGAAUGGUACAAUACUGUCAAAGAUGACAAGAAUCUUCGAGAGGCCUUCCAUGGAGCAGGCCAGGGCGUGCUCCUCGUCAAGAAGGCUCUCGACGCCACCAAGGCUCAACCAGAUGGAUGCAGCCUAUCCGGAGAGCCCGCUAGCGUCCGGAGCUCACUGCUGGCCUGCAACGCAAAAUCAAAGUCGGUUGAGAGCAUAUUCAAGGAAGUUGCUCUAGCACCGAAGGACUCGAGAUACGACCGUUACCAAGCGGCAGUGAGACGAGAGGGCAAGGGAGACGCGGUAGAGACUUUGGUGGGAGGCAUGAUGGAGGAUGUCUGUGAUAUGGUCAAGGGUAGCACAAUCGAGGCAGCAAUGGAAUCCCACGUCAAGGAACUGCGCGAAGCCAUCGAGAAACUGUCGAAGAUGGAGCCAUCCAUGCCAAGCGAGCCACGGCAGGACAGCAAAUACGUCCAUUAUGGCUCUGGCGACCAAUUCAACGCCCCAGGAGGCACCCAGAACAAAAGCUCGGGAAAUGGGAAUCAUUUCCCUGGGGCAACGAUCACCGGAAACCUGAAUUUUGGCCACAUUCCAGCCGUCGAGGACAGCAAGAACCUACUCUCUAAAUAA